AGGGGAAAGGGAAAGCGUAACCUAAAAAUAAUGACAUAAUAUUUAUUUACAUACAUUUAAAGUCGUAAUUAUUAAAUAAUAAACUCUUAUAAAAACCAUUAUGUCUGCCUUAAAAGUAAUUCAGUCAGUUUUUUACACUGGAGUGGCCCUUUUAAGUGUAUUUCAUACAUUUUAUACUGUGGUAGAUUUAAUGGCAUUUUUAUCAUUCCCCAAUUACAAUUUAUAUUUGCUAAGAAAAGAAGUUAAUGGAAUAUCUGUUACAUGGAAUUUGAUAAUUGAUAUGUGCCUAUUAACUGCAUUUAUCUUUCAACAUUCUUUGAUGACAUUAUCAAGUAUUAAAGACUUCAUAAGCAAAAUAAAACUAUCUGUUUUGCAGAGGAGCAUUUACGUUAUCAGUUCUUCAUUAUGUUUAAAAUUUUUAAUAAGUAAUUGGCAUUCAACACCGGCUGUUACUCUCUGGGCAUUUAACACAAACAGAAAUGUUAUAUGGUGGUCAUUUUUAGUACCUCAUAUAAUUGCCUGGACUAUAAUUUAUGUUGGAAUAAUAUGUAUGGAUGUAAAUGAACUCCUUGGAUUAAAGCAGGUUUAUUAUUACAUAAAAAAUUUACCAGACCCAUUGACUUUUAAAUCUCUUGAAUUAAAGCGACUUUACUCACAUGUACGACAUCCUAGCUUUAUUGGAUUUUUGAUAUUGUUAUGGGUAACACCAAUUAUGAGCCUGGAUAGACUUUUACUUGCCACCAUACUCAGUUCUUACAUGUAUUUGGCUUGGAACACAAAUCAAAUCGAUUACCGUUAUCAGGAAACACAAUAUGUAACAAAGUUUCAUGAACUCAAUAGGGUAAAAUGAUAAAAGACAAAAGGUGCUAGCAAUUCAUACUUAUGGAAUAAUUGAGUACUAACGAAAUACCAAAAUUCUGAAAGUUUUAGUAUAUUGUUUGUAACUGUUUAUUCUGAAAUAAGAGUGAGAUAUCUUGAAGGGGAAGCCAGUUUAUAUCGCUUCACCUGCACAGACUUUCCAAUCUAAUCCAGUACAAAACUCGCCUUCUUGGCCUAUAUUUUUUUCAUUCAAUAUUGUAUUUGUUUAAGAAUCAUUUUAAUGAUUUUAGGCGCAUACUUAUCUUUUUCUUUAAAAAAAUACUUAACUAGGUAUGCUUAAGCUUGUUUGAUGAGCACUCAUUAAUUUAUAUUUAUUAAUCGUAAGUAAUAUACUUAAUACUCUUGAAGAUGGACAGUUGUAUUAUAAAUUCUUGAUAUUAAACAUGACACUAACUUUUAUUAAAAAUCGUAGUAACAAAUAUUGUUUCCUGGUUUAAAAAUUAUAAUGAAAACAAAAAGUUUUUGCGUGUCUCUUUUCACCCGCUAAUAACGUUGGUAGGAAGGCAGUCUCUCUGCCUACAUUGUGGUGCAAAGGAGGAUGGUUGAUAUGAUAAAAAUAAUUACAUAUAUGCUAAGUUCUAUUUAUUAAUUGCCAAAUACACAAUUCCUAAUAUUUAAUCUGUUUACCAAAGCAGUAGUCGAUUUAUUUUUAAUAACUGUAUUCUUAAAACGAUUAAAUUUUUAUUAGAUCACAAAAUAUUGGACAAUAAUUACUUACAAAAAUUUAAGAACACUUUCAUUGUUCUUUUUUUAGUAUUAUAAAUGUUUACACGAAACGAAUUUCUCUAAUUAAACCUUUUUUUGCAUUCUCACACAAUGGAGAAUAGUCUGUUUAUAAAAAAAAAA